GUCCGACCGUGACCCAUCGAGAUCAGUAGGUGACAACAAUGCCAUUUUUCCACCACCAACAGCAACAUGAAUGUACUGUUAACAAGAAAAUACGGGUCUUCAUUGAAAUUAUUCCAACAGAUUUUCAAGAAUCUUAAUAAAGCUAAGAAAGUGAACAGUAGUUUUUCAACAUGUUGUAAACAUCCACGAGUAAACAGACUAUUAAUUAAAGUUGGGGUAAGACACAUCAGCACAGAUAUGGCCCCUGUAUUUACUGUGUCUCCUAAAGGACACUUAUUAGUUGAUGAUAAACUACACAUAAAACUGACUGGCCUUCCAAAAGAGAAGAAAGUGACGGUGUAUGGGUUUCUGGAAGAAGAAGGGAAGAAGUUCGAGUCCAACGCUUGGUUUGAGACCAAGAGUGAUGGCACUGUGGACUUACAAAUAGACCCCUCCACUGGGGGUACAUACACAGGUGUCUCUCCAAUGGGUAUUUUCUGGAGCAUGGUAGCCUGCCCUGGGCAGCUGGAGGGUAUCCGUAUGAUGAAGAAAAACAUGGACACACCCUUCCGUACAUCAGUCAGUGUUCACGAUGGCCACCUGAACUUGGGUGAGGUGCGUGUCAACUCAGAUGGAGCCCUGGGUUCCACCCUGAUUGAUCGGUACUACAAGGCCCCGGGGGUAAGGGUUGAAGAGGUCACUGAUGGGAGAUUGCGGGGAAAACUGUACCUGCCUCCAGGUCCUGGCCCCCAUUCUGGUGUUAUUGACCUGUUUGGGACAGUAGGUGGUAUUGUUGAGUUCCGGUCUGCCCUGCUUGCCUCCCGGGGAAUCGCCUCCUUCGCCUUGCCUUACUUCCUGUACAAGGACUUGCCACAAGCACUAGAAGACCUUGAUCUAGACUAUUUUAUGGAGGCUAUUGACUGGUUGCUAGGGAGGCGGGACAUUAUUCCUGGUGGAGUGGGAGUGAUAGGUGUGUCCAAGGGUGGAGACAUUGCCCUCAUGAUGGGAACAUACUCCCCUAAGGUGAAGGCGAUUGUAAACAUUAACGGGUGCACGUUUUGUUCCUCUGUCAGGAUGAAGUACAGCAAGGGCGAUCUCUCAGCUGUACCAUUGCAGAUUGAGAAGUUUGAAGUUCUUGAUGGUAAAAUUGUUACUAAAAAAGCUUUGGAUUACAAGCCAGAAGACAUUUUGCAUGUGUGGAACCAUGACGCCAAGGUUCUGAAUAUCCUUGGAGAAGAUGACAUGUGUUCUCCUAAGGAAUGUAUCCGGGAUUUGAAGUCACUGUAUCCUCCAGAGAAGACCCACAACUGUAUUGUAGCCGCAUAUAAGGAGACAGGGCAUCUUGUUGAGCCCCCGUAUACGCCACUGUGUCGAAUGUCCUAUCAUAAAUCCUAUGACCUGUACUUCUGGUGGGGAGGCCACCCAGAGGAGCAUGCGUACGCUCAAGAGGACGCCUGGAGACGGACACUUGACCUUUUCCACUCAACGCUGUUGCCCACUGUAGUUACUGCCAAACUGUAAUAUUAAAUCAAAUGACCAGUGGUUUUAUGCUCUCUAAUUCCCAGGAUGUGAUAUCUAUUGAAGGAUAAACCAUUUAUGAGUUGAGUUUUUAAAUGAUUAUGUUUAUGCAUGAUACAAAACAUACUAAUAUAUUGAUGAUCAUACACAGUGUUGGCAUUCAAUACUCAAUAUUAUUAUACAUGUACCUCAUAUUAUACCUCAUGUGACUUUAUAAUAAUGAUAACCUUUUGUUGGCAUUAGGGCUAUUCCAGUAAAACAUAUGUCCCACCCCAGGAAGGCACUUUCAAAAUGGACCAUCCCCCUUCAGAAGUUUAUUUGAUGAGAAAAGAACCCCCUUUAGAAUAUUUUCUGAGCAAAUUCGGACCCCCUUGAGAAGUUUAUUUUUUUAUACGUCUAUAUGCAAAGAUUAUUUGCAAUUACUCUUUUGUAACUCUUUGAUCAGGUGAGCUAUAUAGGACCUUAUAGCUCACCCUAGUUUCUAAGCCAAUCAUCACCCAGAGAUUUUCAAAUCUUUGCUCGAAUAGGUUUCAUAUAAGAUCACAUCUGCACCCAAUAAGUUAAUUAUUAUAACUAGGUCAACAGACAUGGCGCGCGCCAAAUGAACUUCGAGCAGCCAAUGGGCACGCUGUAUACGGCCUUGUUCGAUGAUUGGCUUAGAAACUAGGGUGAACUAUAAGUCGGUUACAGCUCAUGUAAUGGAAAAUAACAAAACUUAUUACUGGGCUUUGCUUGUAAUAAAUUUUGUUAUUUUCCAUUAAUAAAUUUGGUUAUUUUCCAUUAUAUGGACUAUAACCUACACACCACGGUUCUCUUGUUUCUUCAUAUGUUGCUAUAAGUGCAUAUUAAGCCACAUGAGGCUGAAACUUUCACCCAUGUAAUUAUAUACAACCUAAAAAUACCUUGUGGUCGAAAUGUUAAGGGGACGAAACAUUCGGAUUUAUAACAUUUACGCAAUACGUACAAAUUAUGAUUUCUAAUAAAAUUCUAGACAACUGUUGUCAAUUUCAGGGGUCGACACUAACCAUUUUUCCAAGGGAUCCCGAAGGGACACCAACAUUUGAAAUCAGGUGUCCCUUCCUGAAAUUAGGAGUCCCUUCCACUUUUUUACAUUUUUUCAUUGUUGAGCCUGUUUUAAUAUUAAAUUCAACAUCCUUUUACUUUUCAAUUUGUAAUGCAAGUAUAAACCACCAUAAUUAUUAUACAUGUUUUCAGCAGCAUGUAAUGACAGGUUAGUAGCACUGAAUGGCAGUGAGGUAUAUUUUGGUCUCUAAGUUGGUAGAUUGGGUUCAAAAGCGGGGGAAUGUCUAAGUCCCUUUUGUUUUCAGUCAAAAACAGAGAUGGAUACAAUGUAAACAAAAACUUGAUGUUGUUACUAUUUUUAGAUUUUUGGAAAAUACGCAUAAAAUACAUCAUGGUUCAGGGUCUUGUCAAAUGUCGGUGCUUUUCAUUAAGAAACUGUAGGAAUAUUACAUCUGGCUUGUGAAAACUCCAAUCAAUAUUUAGUAGAGCUGUUGAUAAAUCAAUCAGACUGCCCAACAGUCGUAGUGCAUACUGGAAGAGCAGACGACCAAAAAUUGUGUAUACAUGUUAAUUUUCGCGCCAAAAAGUCAUAAAAUUUUAUAAAUUUAUUGAAUUAAUGAAUAAAACCCUGCAAAUUUUA